UCAGUGGCAGCUCAAGGGAGAGAACUCCUCCUACUAAAUUAUCAAAAAUGGGCUGGCUUUAGUCUCUUAACAAAUUGGACAGAGCUCCGGAAAGCAGCAGUCCCAAAUCCAACCUACAGGCACUGGGAACUUUAAAGCAACCAGGGACUGCUGAAAAUAGCACUUCUUUUUGCUUUCUUUGUAUUCAAAACUAUAUCCUUUCCCGACUGAUUCUACUGCCCCAGGUCCAAGUCUCUCCAGUCAGAAGCCCUAGCUCUCCAGAACAGUAACAGAUCCUUUAGCUCGCUUUUAUUAUUUUAUUUUUAAAACUAAUUAUUAUUACAUUUUCUCCCCCUUGUUUGUUUUCUGCACAUCUUCAGGAAGCCCUCAGUGCUUGCGCGAAGAGAAGCUCCUAUUGCAACCUCGCUGUGCGCCUCGGUGUAAACAUUUUGGAUGAUCUAAAGACUCUGGGGUCUGUAUAUGGAAAUAGUGGGGUGCAGAGCAGAAGAAAAUACUUGUCCUUUCCGUCCCCCAGCCAUGCUUUUCCACGGGAUCUCCGGAGGCCACAUCCAAGGAAUCAUGGAGGAGAUGGAGAGGCGAUCCAAGACCGAGUCCCGCCUGGCCAAAGGGGGACAGAUGAACGGCCGAGAAACGAACAUGCCCCCCAUGAGCCCCGAGAAGCCUGCUUUGUGUGCUGGUUGUGGAGGGAAGAUCUCAGACAGAUAUUACCUGCUGGCUGUUGACAAACAAUGGCACCUCAGGUGUCUUAAGUGCUGUGAAUGUAAACUGGCUUUGGAGUCAGAACUCACCUGCUUUGCCAAGGACGGCAGUAUUUACUGCAAGGAGGAUUACUACAGGUUCUCCGUGCAGAGAUGUGCCCGCUGCCACCUUGGGAUCUCAGCCUCCGAAAUGGUCAUGAGAGCCAGGGAAUCGGUUUAUCACCUGAGCUGCUUCACCUGCACCACGUGCAACAAGACUCUGACCACGGGCGAUCACUUUGGCAUGAAGGACAACCUGGUUUACUGCAGGGCCCACUUCGAGUCCCUUUUGCAAGGAGAAUACCCCCCUCAGCUGAGCUACACCGAGCUGGCUGCCAAGAGCGGAGGGCUGGCCCUGCCUUACUUCAACGGCACUGGCACGGUCCAGAAGGGGAGGCCCAGGAAACGAAAGAGCCCUGCCUUGGGAGUGGACAUCGUCAGCUACAACUCAGGUUGUAAUGAGAAUGAGGCAGAUCACCUGGACAGAGACCAGCAGCCUUAUCCCCCAUCCCAGAAAACAAAGCGCAUGCGUACCUCCUUCAAACACCACCAGCUUCGUACCAUGAAGUCCUAUUUUGCUAUCAACCACAACCCAGAUGCCAAGGACCUCAAGCAGCUUGCCCAGAAAACAGGCCUGACCAAGAGAGUUCUGCAGGGAGAACAAAUCAUGGGGCAUUACAGCCAAACAUCCCGACGUUUGAAAAUUCCCUAAAGUAUUAAAAGAAGGGGAAAAGUUUGAUCGGAAAUCCACUGCAGUGAAGACAAAGACAAUAUUAGGUUAUGAUAAUCAUACAUUUAAAAAUCUAUUGAGCCAAAAAAUAAAAAUAAAAGACUCGAUGUCAUUUCCUGAAUGUUAACAAAACAUAUGUUAUUUUAUGGUGUCUAAUUAACAGAACUGAAGGCUUCAACAAAUUGUGUGGUAUCAAAAACAAAUUUAGAGAAACUAUGUAUAAAACCAGAGCAACCUGGCAGCAAUCUACCCAGCCCAUAUUCGAAGAAAACUUUUCUUUUUUUAAAAAAAAUCACAUUUGUCAAGCACAAGUACUUGUAAAAUAAAACCUGAGUGCAUUCAUUCCACUUGCUUGCUAAUGUGUACUAGUCAUAUCUGUUAAAUGGAUUUUUGUAAAUUCAAGAACUUUUCACUCAUCCGAGAUCAUAGGAAUCAAAACCCAGUAACUUUAGUACUAUUGUUUCCGAAUUAUUUUUUUUUAAAUGAGACAACUCUGCAUGCACUUUUCCAUCUGUCACAUAUAGUGUACAUUUCUGUAUGAUGAAUUUCUCUUUGAUGUUUCUUGUAUAAUACCUUUCAUUAAUAAACAUUUUAUUUGACGCAAACAUAGUUAACUUUAUGUAAACACAUAGCUAAUUGUUCCAACUAAUUUAAACUUUUCUUUUGAAAGGAAGCAGUACAGUGCAGUUCCAAUAUGCUAUAUAUAUAUAUCUAAAAUCAAAAAGAACGAAGUAGCAAUACUAUUGCACAGUGUAAAAUUAUUUCCUUUGGUAUUAAUUUUUAAAUUUUUUAACUUCUUGUAUAAAACUGACAUGUUUUAAAAAGAAAUUCCUGUCCGCAUUGACAAUAAAACAAUCCCCAAAUUCUUCAUCAAUAUAAGAAAACAUGAGCAGUACAGUGUGUAAAAUCCUCAGUGACUUUAGAGUACAAGGAUAUAGUUUGUGUGUCCCUGAGCUGUUUACAUGGUCACUAUGCAAUGAGCAAGUUUGCUACAUAGAGUUGGUCCUAAGAUUCCGAGUCCAAAUCCCAGAUGAUUUUUACAAGCCAACAAGCAAGUGUAACAAUAACCAAUUCUUAGUAAUGAGGUUUUGUAACUGUUGAGCAACUAUUUGCAGAAAGAUUUUUAAAAAUAUAUUCCUAUUUAGCUGUAUAGCCAAAGCAUAUGUUAAACAAAUUAACAUAUAAAAGACUUGCCAGAAAAUCUUUCAUUAAGAUGACAUUUUUAUUAUAUACUAAUGAACCCUAUGUAAACAAUGUAACUUUUAUGAAUGAUGGACAUUAAAUAUUUCACUUACGUGUAUCCUCA